AGUACCCGAGGCUACAUCCCUCGUACUUGGGGGCGGGGGGGGGGGGCAGGUGCUCACAGCACUCGAUGGGGUCCUGCAAGUUUGUGACAGGGGAAGAGACAGAGGGGAAGGCGGGUGGCCAGCCACGCUCCUCCCGAGUCAGUUUUGACGGGAGCUCCCCCCUAUCAGCCCUUGCCCGCCUCUAAGAUGGCCGCCCAUCCCCGCGCCCGCCUCCAAGAUGGCGGCACCGCCCUUUUCCCUCCCGCCGCGUCUCCCUCCUCCCCCCUCACCCCGGCCACGCGCGCGGGCUUCUGACCUCACUUCCCCUUGUGCAGCAGCCAUUUUGUCUUUCCGCCGCCGCCGCUGCGCGCGCUUCUCCCUCCCUCCCGCCGCCGCGGGCCGCGCAACUCCAGUUCCCCCCCGGGGCCCCGCCGCAUGCGCCCGGCCCCGCGGGGACGCGCCGCGGCCUGGCGCCGGGGUCUCCGCGCUCCGCCAUGUCGAGCGAGGAGAGCUACCUGGCCAUCCUGCGCUACCUCACCAACGAGCGGGAGCCCUACGCGCCGGGCACGGAGGGCAACGCCAAGAGGAAGAUCCGCAAGGCGGCCGCCUGCUACGUGGUGCGCGGCGGCACCCUCUACUACCAGCGGCGGCAGCGGGACCAGCAGCGCUUCGCCGAGCUGGAGGUGGUGCUGCAGGCCGAGCGCCGCGCACGCCUCAUCCGCGCCGCGCACCUGGCGCCCGACGGCGCGCACCGCACCCGGCUGCAGACCUGGCAGGGCCUCUCGCAGAAGUACUGGUGGAGAGGUAUUCUUAAGCAGGUUAAAGAUUACAUUAAAGAAUGCAGCAAGUGCCAGGAAAAGCUAGAUCGCUCUAGAUCUCUGUCGGAUCCUUCUGAAAUGCUGGAGGAACUUGGACUGGAUACAAAAUCUCAUGAAGAUAGUAAUGAAACAGAUGAUGAAUCGAGUAAUGCGGCAUCGAUCCCAGCUGCAUCCCCAAAGCCUGUGAAGAAGAAGCCAAUAGCAAAGCAUGAGCUUGUAUUUGUUGACAGUAAGGGCCUUGUGAAGCAGUCAUCUUCCAAACAUUGUCUGUCAGUCUUAAACCAACUGAAUCAGCAGAGGCUUUCCAAUCAGUUCUGUGAUGUGACUCUGCUGAUUGAAGGAGAGGAGUACAAAGCUCACAAAUCUGUCUUGGCAGCCAACAGCGAGUACUUCCGAGAGCUCUUCAUUGAAAAGGGAGCUGUCACUAGUCAUGAAGCUGUAGUGGAUCUGUCAGGGUUUUGCAAGUCAAGUUUCCUCCCACUCUUGGAAUUUGCUUAUACUUCAGAAUUAACUUUUGACUUCUGUAGUAUGGCGGAAGUGGCCAUGCUUGCCCGGCAUCUCUUCAUGUCAGAGGUUCUUGAAAUCUGUGAAAACGUGCACAAACAGAUGGAAGAGAAACAAAUUACAGUGUACCAAAAGGGAGAUAUUCAAACAGUAGAGUCAACACAAAGUUUAGCAGAGCAGAUUGGAGUUGAGAUGCCGCUCCUGCAUGGUGCUGAGCAGCCUCUACCAGCAGAGCUGGCAGCCCAUGAAGUGACAGCAGUUGUGAAUGGAGCUCCUUCCUCUGCUGGGCCAGAGGAGGCAGCAGCACCCCAGCCUCACCUCCUGCCCCCAGAGCCAGCAGAGGCCACUCCUGAUGAUCUUGCAAAGCCUUUGGAGCAGUGUGAAACAACUGAAAAUUUUAUCAAAAUAGAGCUGGUGGAGAACAUUUCAAACAGCACUGUGUCUGUCAGACAGGCUGAGCCAUCAGUUGUGGAAGCCGUGGACACAGACGGUCAAAUGGAAAUGGAUCUAAAUGAAAGCUGUAAAGCAAAUGUAGAGACUGCUUCUGAAGACUCCUCGGAAAUGCUCAGGCAAAAACAUGGCAGGCAAAGUAAAGAAGAGAGCAUUUUGGCUUCGCAACCAGAAAGCAUGGCUUCCAGCCAGGAUGAUACUUAUAAAAGCAAGCUUCGCCAGCGUUCUGUUAGUGAAGGUGGAUAUAUCAGAUUGCAUAAAGGAAUCGAAAAAAAACUGCAAAACAGAAAGACAAAUCCAAAAUCUGCAAUACAGCAGGUUGCCAUGAAGCUGGUACAGAGAGGGAAAAAAAUGAAACAGCCCAAAAGAGAGACCACAGAAAAUAAUGAAGUAGAAGCUCAGCACAAAUGCACGGAGUGUGGAAUGGUGUUCCAGCGGCGCUAUGCGCUUAUAAUGCACACACUAAAACAUGAAAGAUCUAAAGAUUAUAAAUGCCCAUUGUGUAAAAAAGAAUUCCAGUAUGGUGCCUCCCUACGAGCUCAUCUUGUCCGACACACACGGAAGACUGAAGUGAACACUGCAGCUUCUAGCGUAGAAGAGACAGGCAUGUCUUCAGUGAAAGGGAGAACUAAACGGGAAUUUGUAUGUGAUAUAUGUGGCAGAACUCUACCUAAGCUCUAUUCUCUCAGGAUACAUAUGCUCAAACAUACAGGUGUAAAACCACAUGCAUGCAAGGUUUGUGGAAAGACCUUUACAUAUAAGCAUGGAUUAAAAAUGCACUUAGCUCUCCAUGAAGUACAGAAACAGUUCCAGUGUGACUUGUGUGAGAAGUCCUUUGUCACUAAAAGAAGUCUUCAGGAACAUAUGAGCAUUCAUACUGGAGAAUCCAAGUACCUUUGCUCCAUCUGUGGAAAGUCUUUCCACAGGGCAUCAGGACUCAGUAAACACAUAAAGAAACACCAGCCAAAGCCUGAAGUUCGUGGAUAUCAGUGUACUCAGUGCGAAAAGAGUUUCUAUGAAGCUCGAGAUCUCCGACAGCAUAUGAAUAAACACUUAGGUGUGAAGCCAUUUCAGUGCCAGUUCUGUGGAAAAUGUUAUAGUUGGAAGAAAGACUGGUAUUCUCAUGUAAAGUCUCACUCUGUCACAGACCCUUAUAGGUGUAAUAUAUGUGGUAAAGAAUUUUAUGAGAAAGCCUUGUACAGAAGGCAUGUAAAGAAAGCCACACAUGGUAAAAAAGGAAGAGCAAAACAAAAUCUGGAACGAGUUUGUGAGCAUUGCGGAAGAAAAUUCACGCAGCUCCGGGAAUAUAGGAGACACAUGAACAAUCAUGAAGGUGUGAAGCCAUUUGAAUGUCUAACUUGUGGAGUAGCCUGGGCUGACGCGCGUUCCCUGAAGCGUCACGUAAGGACGCAUACUGGAGAACGGCCAUAUGUCUGCCCAGUCUGCAACGAGGCUUACAUAGACGCCCGGACGCUGCGGAAGCACAUGACCAAGUUUCACAGAGACUAUGUUCCCUGUAAAAUUAUGCUGGAAAAAGAUACUCUUCAGUUUCAUAACCAGGGGACACAAGUGGAGCACGCCAUCAGCAUUUUAGCAGCAGACAUGCAGGAACAAGAAACUGAAAUUAGCGUUGGUGGUGAGGAGAUUGAGACUGUGGUAGUGACAGGAGACACACUUGAAGCGAUUGAAGCGGUUGCAGCUACUGAAGAAUGUACAUCAGUCUCCACUCUUUCUGACCAAAGCAUCAUGCAGGUGGUAAAUUACGUACUGGCACAACAGCAAGGACAGAAAAUAGCAGAAGUCACACAGGCCAUGGAAACUGUAGAGGUAGAAGUAGCCCACGUUGCAGAGACAGAGUGAACACAGCACAUAAGAAAGAGCAAGGAGACUGAGGUCUUACGAUAUGUGAUAGCUAAAUAUUAACUGGAUAUCUGAGGCUUACAGAUACCUACUCACACCAUUAAUCUCCAGUACUGAAUUUCUUGGUUAUGAAAUAUUGCACGAUGCAUUACAGGGCAAAAGUUAAGAUGCUUCAGUGUAGUCCAAGGCUUUGACGGCUAAGAUAUCUGCACUGGUCAUAACUAUUUAAAAAAACUGUUGGGAUAAUAAUGUUUCCUGUGUCAUGGAGUAUCAUGCUGUAAAUUAAAAAAUCUAUGAAGUGGCUGCACUAAAAUCUAGAAAUGUACAAUUGGUAGCAUUUUUUACUCAUUUUUACAUUUCAUCAAGUUUGUGAGUGAAUGACCAACAUAGGGUUUCAUCUCUUUACUCCCUAAAACAAGGGAAUGGUGGAGUGUUUCAUGCAGUGCGUGCUUUACGUGACAAAAUCUGAGGCUUUUGUCUUUAGGCAGGUGCACCAUCUGCAAUUAGUGAAUCCUAGUUUUGAAGAACUUGUUUAAAUUCCAGAUCACUGGGGGCAGGUCCAUGGUUCAGCAAAACAAUGAGGGGAGGGGUUCCAGAAGUCUGAGGAUGUCGUACCCUGAGAUCAGGAACUGAAGUUCUCUAGAGGAUAUCCUAGUGAAGGGAGACAACUUUUGUAAGUAAACUGUUUAUUUGUGAGAGGAGCUUAUACUUCAUCCUCCAUGCACAGCUAUGUUUAGGUUAAUGGUGGUCAGUUGUGUAAAGGAACCUACUGUCUAUGUUAUACAUACAUACCCAAAGCAGGCAACCUAAUGCUGGAUGCUUAUAUUUUAGAAUUAAAUGUGAUGCAGAAACUUUUAAUUGAAGGAGUAUAAUGGCAUGUUUUUGUGAGAAGAGGCAUAAAAGUGUGCUCAAGUCCCACUAGUUAGGAACUGAUCUUGUAUUAUAUCAUUGAAGGGAGGAGCUCUAGUAAUUCCCAAAUGGGGGACACAGCCAUGUCAGAGGAAAGAACUAUGAAAGUCUUAGCAUCAGGUAAGAAUUUGUCUCAAAAUUACAAGAGUCUCCAGAUGACCUUAUUACAGAUGCUCUAACAAAUACUUCUAAGGCAAGCUAAUAACUCAGUGUUGUAUCACAUUGAUGGAAAAAAUCCUUACUAGAUUUCCCUGCUAGUAAGCAUGAAUCACAGCCAUGCUUGACCAAGCUGAUUUAAUACUAUGUACAGUGCACAUGUCAAGGUGUGGGUCCUUUAAUUGUUGUUGGUUUUUUAAUUGCUUUUUUUAAAAUAAGUGUUACUCAGGAGAUCAUGGAACGUGCUAGACACAUGAAUAACCAGAAGUGUAUUCUUUUAAAUUAUUCUCAGUCUCUAUAGCAUUAUCAAAUGCUUUCCAACUUUGACAGCAGCAGGGUAUCCAAGGAGCCAGAAGGGCUGGGGGGUCACUAAAAUCGUAUGCAUAUAAUGCUAUAACCCAUGAAACUGAUUCACUAAGCAAAAUUUAAGCAAAAUCCAUGAUGAAGUAACCACCUCCUUUGAAUCUGCCUUCCAUCAUAUUUAACUAUUUGAGUAUCUGCCUACUAAGCUACAGAAUGAAUUGUUCUUUUUAUAUUUUGCAAACCCGUAGAUAAGCAGUUGUUGAAAUUUUAAGGUAGCUUGAGUUCCUGCCUCAGAUUUGAAUUAAUCUGUGGAUGACUACUUCAAAAGUGAAUGUUGUCCUGCACAGAAGUCACGUCAUUAUUUAUACAUCCUGCAGCCCUUUACAACUGUGUUCUUUUCUAGUUACCCAACUGAGUAAAGCUAAAAUGAAUACUUGAAGAAGAAAAGAAACACAAACUGCUAGCUAUAACUUCUGAACUUUUGUAUGGUCAAGAAUCUUGAGAUAGCCAUCCUGCUUAAAAUGAAAAAAAAAAAAAAAACAACAAACACAUAGGUAAAGUAACUGUUCUUACUACCACUAUGAUGGAAAAAGAUUUAAUAGACUGCUAGAUAAUCUUUAAAACUUAUUCCAGUGUUUGUAUCUUACAAAUAAUUAUGUAUUAAGUGAUGAAAUUGCAAGGGAAAACAGCUGUAAAUAGUGCUAGAACAUUAUUUGUAUAUUUAGUGUGUUACCUUAAAAAGAAUAUUAUUAGCACCUCAGUUUAAUCUUUGGUGCAUUUAUUUAUUUGCCCAAUACAUGGUAGGAAACAGAAGCGAAAAUGAAUUUCAGAGCCUUGUUCCCCACUGUAGAAAUACUUCAACUGACUUGAUAGCCUGCCAUUUAAAAACAAUAACAGUUUGUUUCACAAACAGAACUCAACCAGGAAUAUCAAAGCUGAACACUGAAUACUGUGCCUCAUCUUUCAGAAGGGCAUGAGGUUAGUAGGGAGUAUUGUUGUUAGCUUUGCUGUUCCUGUAUUUCUGAGGUUGCCUUAUGUUUUUCCUUAGAUAUCCUAAGCUAUUAAUUUAAGAUGCUUACUAUGCUUCCGCAACCUCUUUAAUGUCAGACUGCAAAUAUGCAGUUUAUAUUUAAUUUCAUUUUUUUAAAUAAAGUUCAUGAGACCUGUCCAUUUAUAAAGUAUAGUGAUAAACUCUUGUAUAUAAUUUGAUCUGUACAUUAUGCUGUUUUUAUUUAGUGUUAGAUGUAUAAAGUUAUGGUUUCUGUCAUUAAAUAAACUAAGCUUUGCCAUGAAUUACUCUUUUAAGCAACUUUUUUUUCAGGGGGAAAAAAGUGUUACAAUGUUGUUCAUUCCUCUUCAGUAUUUCCCCUUUUAUAUUAUAGUCAGAGGUUUUCUACAUAGUACUACCUACUAUUAAAUUUUACUUAAAUUAACUCGUACAAGGAAAGGAAAACCUCCACUGUUAGAACAUCAAUCUACUAAAGCAUGAUGUUAACAAAACACUGUAUGUUCACAUUGGGAUUAAUUUGGCUGCAACACAUGGUGGUAAAGGGGGCCCUUUCCUCAUCCACUGACUCUCCUGAUACGCAGCUCUAACACUUUUAGUUAAGAGGUUAUUUCUCUGUACAACACUGACACCCAGGAGGCAGCAUCACACAGCACUUCUGUCUCAGCCUCUGCUCUGGGCAGUUGUCCUCCAGUCACCCACCUGGCUGAAGGAUGAGUUGUACAGAUGCCUCCUAGCCUCUCAGGAGCAACUUUAAGGCAACAUCAGCGUUGCAGAAAAGCCUUUUUUUUUUUUUUGGUUGGUCUUUUUUUUGUUGUUGGUUUGUGGUUCAUCCUGAUCACUACGGGAAAUGGUAAGACUUGUGCAUAUUAAUAUUUAGUGUUUUAGCAUAUUAACUCCUCUGCAAACCUAUACAGGUAACUAGGUUACACUGGAAAUAUAUAGUUAAACCAAAAUGGGGGCUUCAAAAGGCUGUGUACUGAAGAAGUAAUGUGGCCUACCACUGAACAAAUGCUAUUCAAAAGGGGAUGCAAUUGUAGUUUUUAAAAAAAAAAAAAAGUCGUGGAUAAUUUUUUCCCCUUUUCUUUCCAUUUGAGCAAGAACCACAUCAUUCGUGGCUGUUAAUGAAGAGCUGUGAAUAGCUGAUGUAUGCAUGUAAUAGGGUAACCAUUAGGUUAGGUCAGCUGCUGCUGCCAAUGGCUGUUGGGAAGCUAGCACCUAUCAAGCAGUUCUCCAUUGAGACCUGUUCCCAUGACAGCUUUCUAGCUAUUGUCUGGUUUUGUUUGUUUUUUUUUUUUAAACUAUAAGAUGGUCAAAGGCCUGGAAUGACUUCUGUCACUACCCUCAAGCUCAGGUUAUUUUCAAAUAUCUUCACAAGUCUACUGUGGCUUUUCAGCAAGCUCAGUAAUGCUGUUCAAUCUUGCCCCCAUAUGAAAGGCUUUAUUUAAGGGUAAUAUUCUUAGUAAGAGGGCUCUGCUUUAUAAAUAUAAAUACCAGCAUCAGCAUUGUUAUUAUCUGUGCAGUAGCGCAAGUUAGUGUUAAUAUCCUAAGAUAUUUGCCAGUUUCAUGACUACUGUUCUGUGUUUGCAAUGCUAAGGUGUAUGUAUGAACAUGAAAGGCUACUACAGUUAGACUUCUUUCACAAAAGCAAAGGCAGAAUUACCAUUUUAUAACAACCUACUAGGAAUCAACCACCACUUACACAUAAUGACUAUGACUACAAAUUAUGGAAAGCUGGGGGAGAGAAGGAGUGACAGUUAUGCCUUUAUUAUAACUUGCGUUACUUUAGAUUAUUAUGUUCAUACUUCAGGGAAAGUAUUAACACAAGCUCAUGACUUCAACCUUCAGCAAAGCUCUCCCUACAAAAACACAAGCACUUCAUCUGUGCAUCUGUUUCAUUAGGAAAUCCAAAAUAAAAAAGAUGUCACAAGAUUAGCAAAGGUUUUUAAGAUCUCACUGUAUGUAACUGGAUCAGAAAGUUCGUAUUUUAAUUGCUAGCUGUGACAACCAUGGCCCCUCUAAAGGGUAGCUUGCAUAUACAGAUCUAUACUGCAAAAAGCAUGCGCUGUAGUUUAAAGGUUUACUUUGGUAACUAAAUCCCUUGCUUGGACUCCUAUCAUGCCCAACUUUUACAUGGAAAUUCAUAAACACAAACGUAGCAAGGUUAUAAGUAAACAAUGUAAUUUUUAAGAUGUGAAUAUGCAGCAGUUAAAGAACAGUGGAAGAUCCCUCUAUUAAUAAAAAAGAAAAAAUAAGGAAUGUAUUAAUAGGAUCAAGUGAAAAAUUGGACAACUAGCAACUCGCUUUAUGUUAUUCUAGCAUCUCAUGGCAUGGGAACUAGACAAAUCACACUGAUUUUGGAAUGUAACCUUCCCUUCUGUACGACCUUCAUGACAUUCCCCAGUUCACAGGGUGUUAAAAAACAAUUAAAAAAGAAAAACACACUUUUGCAGAACACCUUUUAAGGCCACUAAAUAUGCAGCCACAAAGUCUUCCCAAAAUUCAGUUGUUCCUCCAACCAUAAUUAUGUUCUUAUCUUGCAGCAGCCUAAAAAGAGUUGUUGUGACACCAGUGAUUUCCAGUAGUUUAAAAACUCAGUUUGCCUCUUCAGGAAGCAGAAGCAACUAUUUUCCACAAACACCGACUUUUCUCAAAGUCUCCUCACAAGGAAAGCUUCAAUAAAACUACCCACAGCAUAUGGAAUUCAGCACACCUGGCAGUGAUUAAGUGCAAGGGGCCUGAAUGCAACAGUAGCUACUGCCCCAGUGGACACACUACAACACAAUAGUUGUUUUGGUCAAAGUUGGCUGAAUAUUGUAAUUAGGUAAUCUACAACAUGGGAGUAAACCCACGAAGUUCAAAUAGCAUUAUGGGUUACCUUACAGACAGACUGCUCAGGUAUCUCACUCUGCUGAUUAAGUAUAGAUUCUGAGAAUCUGGACAACGUACCUCCUGUGCUUUUAAAGGAAUGAAAUUAAAUUUGUAAGGGGCUGCACCGACAGCGCUUGAAACCAUCACUAGUGGCUGACUGCACUAUUAUUAUUUCUUUGCAUACAGUUAGCAUUAGAUGAGCUCGGAUACGCUGACAACCCAGACAUGAAGCAGCAGGCUCAAAUGCAUUCUGGCCAUAGGGUGGCAUGGAAAAGGCUACUGGAUAACUAUUUGCAAAAUAUUCAGGAUGUUAGGUGAAGAUACAAGCUGCUCAGGUGCUAAGUAAAGCUUUACUGAUAAGCAAGCAAAAGCCUUCUGAGUUAAAACUACACAAGCUGCAUGGAUACACAUUUCAACCACUCAUAGGUAUACAUACCUCGCUAUACCAGGCAGCUGUCUCUGCAAAUGCCCUGGAAGCACUUAAGAUAGCUAAAUAAGGUAGCUUACAAUGAGUUUUAGAAUUCCUGAUUUUCUAAUUUAAAAAAAAAAUCUGAAAAUAUCUCCCCAAUACUACUAUAUUCAUUCAAAGAUUAUGACUACUGUAAUAGAAAUGCAGAACUUCAAGUGAAGUUCUAGCUAACAUUUUCCUUGACAAUUCUUUUCAGAUUAGUUCUUUCCUGCAUCAGGCCCUACAUUAAACAGACACCUUUGUCGUUAUAAAAUCAAACUUGUUAGGCACUCAUUCUCCUGAGUGGAUUUAGGCAAUCCUGACUUGAUUUUCUUCCACACAGCACUGAGAAGGAAGUAGAACUCAUACCUGGAGUGAGAUAGGCUCUCUGCUUACCUCCAACUCAGAUCUAGAAGUUGCUGCAGUCUCUCACAAGGGGUAGGAUUACGUUCAUUGACCAUGCAAGUAAAUAAGAUAAAUAUAACUCUUGCUAUGUGACUUACGUGAAAGCUAUAUCCUAGCAUAUCUGCUGUUCUGCCUAGCGGUCUCUUAAAGGAUUCUGAGCUGAAGUACCACAAAACUUGAAAUCAAUGUCUACUUCAGCCAAAGAUGUGGAAGACAUGGUUGACAGUAAGUUAAAUAAGAAUGAAUAGGUCUUGAUCAUCCUCUUACCACAAGCCCCCUUUUGCUUUCUCCCAACACAAGUGACUGAGAAGGUAUCAAGUAACUGCUAAGGAGCAAGAUAACUAGCUAUUCACUGUGACUUACUACUACCUGAUGGGCAUUUCUUCGGACAAGUAGAACCACAUGUAAUAAAAAUAAGUCAAAAAGCAAAACACUUCAUUUUGUCUUGCCUAGCUCCAAUAAUGCCCAGGUCAGUUUUGGUGUUGUUUUUUUUUUUUUUAAAUAAACCAAAGAUUUCUGCUAUGGAAAAAAAAAUAAUGUAUACAUUUUUAUGUUACGUUUAUAACAAGGCUUUUAAAGAAAAUAGUUACAGGUAUUCAACUGCAUCAGACUUCAAAGAAAAAAGAUUACACAUACAAUACAAAAAUACAAAAAAUAUUUUUUAGAACGUACAAACUCAAAAGUCUAAGUGGUCAGAGCUUUCCUAAAAUGAAAUAAAAAAAUACACUUGAAGAUGCACUUUCCUUUCUGCUCUUGCAGUUUUAACUCUAGCAUGAAGAGAGGCUUUAGAGACAGAAUGAAAGCAAUUAACGUAUUGAAUUCUACAACCAGUUCCUGGCUGAAAUGAAUUGAGUUGUUGACACUAUCAGGUAUUUGAGUCUAGAAAGAA